GCUUCAAGGUGUACGAGCAGACAAAGAUGUCACUGAAGAAGGCUGCCCAGACCUUCUACGGUCUGCAAAAGUACCCGUGGAACUCGGCUGCCAAAAGCAUUGUAUACGUCAAGUCGCGUCUCUCGUGGAUCUUCGAGACGUACACGGACGGCGGUCUGGUGUCUUCGGGCGCCAUCAACCAGUACACUACCGGACAGUACUACCACUACCUUCUCGAGUUGGAUUCUGCUGGUGAGAUCAUUGGCGGUGAGUGGGUCUACGGCUCUGAUGACGACCACCCGGACUUCCUGUGGCUCCCCAAGGCGAAGCCAGCUGCUAACACUGUGACAAGCAUUGGUUUGAGCUACGCGGACGUUAGCAUGCUGCUGCAGAAGUCGCUGUCCUGCUAGGCAUAAGGAUUGUGUGUCUGGGCAGAGAAUCGCUAAAGAAAGACCAUUGUUUUUAAAUCAGUAAAAAUAGAAAGAUGCCGUCUUAGAGCUUUA